CUCAUUUACGUUACAUUCGGAAAAAUCCUUUUCACUUACUUUCAGACUUCAUCAUAUCUUACCUCGGACUGUUGAAACGUUAUUUAAUUCUUUCCUCCAUCAUCUUAUCCCAAUCUUUGGGGCGGUACUAUGUCCUCCUCGUCAGCCUCUCGUUCCCCAAGUCCACAUACUCCUUCCCCAGGCCCUGUCGACCAGGUUGCCGUACAAACCGACUUUGACCGGCCGUCCUGGUACAAUACUUCUCCAGAAGAACCUUCAUGGACAUCCAGUCUCAAGUCAGAGGAUACCAAUAUGCUGCAGCUAGAUGAUUUAAUUGAGCAGCAUGCUUACGAAGAUGUCGAUAUCACCCAAUCACCCAGGCCAGUUUCUGCCAGCUCCUCAGUUGCUCAUUUCCGCAGCUCUAUGCCUGCAGGCAUUCAGCCUAUUCCCCCACCCGCUGUAUCCUCUCGCAAACCUGAAACCCCCUUUCGAGACCAGAAGGUCGUUCAUCCACCCAAGGAAUCAUGUUACAAUUUGCCUAUCAUGUUUCCUAGCAUUCCAGAAAGCGGUACCAAAUCCCGUGUAGAGACUCAAGUCCGUGUCACAGUCGACUUGGCCGACCCAAGUUCAUCUAUAGACCCUCAUAUAUACGAUCGUGUUGGUUCGUGGAAAUGGCUUAAGCUUCCUCCAGGUACUGCGACCAAGAGACGUACCCGCAAGCAGGGCAAAAUUGACCCUGACUCUCAGGACAUGCUUUUUCUCACCGUCAGCGUCUCCUGCGCGAGUCCUCCGCAUAAUCGUGUUCUCAGUUGUUCGAGCUGCCAGACUCGUGAAGCAAAACGUGUUGCAAAGAAGAUCGCUGCACGUGUGAGGCCUGCCCGCAAUUCAGAUGUCGACGAAGAAUAUCCUGAUGAUGCCAACAACUCUGGACCUGCGAGAAAGAGUGCUGCUUUGUUGGAAGAUACAAGCAGCAUCAUUCAGUUCAAUUGCGCGGAAGUGUUAGACUUUUCCACAGGCUCUGCCGUUCUUCCUAUCAGAAUAACAUGUUACUGUCGACAUCAUCGCGAAAAAACUGGUUUCAACGUCAAUCUUGUCAUGAUGGACUCUGCGGGACGGACAGUCGGGGUUGGAAGUUCGAGCCCAAUUAUGAUCACAGAUGACCAUAAAACGACUUCUGCUCCCAAACAUGCAGAUCUGCAGCCUUAUGAUUGGUGUCAACCUGGAGGCAGUAACACAACCUCUGGGGCAUCUUCACCCGUAGGUAUUGUCAAGAAAGCUCCCUCAAAGCGAAAGACUGAUGUCGGCGGGAAAAAGAGGGUUAAACCGUAUGACUCGUCUGCAAAGCCAAACAGGAGUUCUCGAGAAACCAGCGUUGUAUCGAAUGCUCCUUCGCCCACUGCUUCAGACCCACUAUCCAUUACCACCGCUCCCUCUCCUCCUUCGUAUCCACCACUGACUUCGGCUGACCCGCUCUCUGCAACUGAAAUUCCUUCUCUUCAAUUUUCGACGCAAGAAUCGGAUUCCUCACCCGACGUCUUGACGACACCUCUCGAUAUCGAUAUACCCAUGUUGCCUGAGAGUAUCACAAAUCUUGAGGACCUUUUUACAGCCGCAGGCGUCGCACCCGACGCAACUAUGAUACCCCCUUCGGUAACAUCUGCUUCCUUACCGUUCCUAUUUACCCCUCCGCCAACCACGAUUUCAAUGCCAAUCAUACAUCGACUCAUACCGAAUUGUGGCCCGACUCACGGUGGAAUUGAGGUCACCGUCCUCGGAGCCAACUUCCAUCCCACCUUGCAAUUCAAUUGCGUCUUUGGCGAUAUGCCCGCUAGUUCAACUCAGAGGUGGAGCGAUAACACUUUAGUGUGUAUCCUGCCUCCACGGGCCACCGCUGGGAUGGUCUCAGUUUGGUUUGAUGGUUUCCCAAAGGUGGAAGAACAGCCUCCCUCGUUCUUUACCUAUUCCGACGAAUCAGAUAGAGCGCUGAUGGAGCUAGCCUUACAAGUCGUUGGACUCAAGAUGACCGGCAAGAUAGAGGAUGCUAAAAACGUUGCGAUGCGAAUUGUCGGUGCCGGAGAGGGCACGGACUCCCAAAACUCUAACGAACAGAGCGCCAGUAACAGCAUGAACAUGCAACUCUCAACUACGUUAUCGGCCUCUCGCGAUCUACGUUCACUCAUGCUCGUUCGUGCAGGCAAUAGCGAGGAUUUCGAAAGCCUCAUUGCCGACUUUUUGAAAUUGAUCGAUACUCCCGUCGAUCAUCCAUCCGCUCAAGUCGUAUCUGCGUCGAAAGCACUAUCGCAUAUGACGAAAAGCGGACAAUCGUUGUUGCACCUCUCUGCGUUCCUGGGCUACGCAACUAUUGUGGAAUUCCUCGUCAAGCAUGGGAUCGAUAUGGAUUUGAGGGAUCGUAAUGGGUAUACUGCUUUGCAUUUCGCUUCCAUGGCUGGCUCGAGGGAUUGUGUCGCGAAGCUUCUCAAGGCAGGAGCGGAUAGGGAGAUUGUAAAUGCGCUUGGGAAGACGGCUGAGGAAGUUGUUGCGAAAGGAAUGGGCAAGGCUGUCUUUGAGGAGAUUCUAGAGGAGAUCUCGGAUUCCCAAGAGGGUGUUGCUUCGGAUGAUGAAGAGGCGGAGUGGGGUGAUGUAGAGGAGGAGGUUGAAGUGAAACCAGUUGUAAACUCGAGCCGGCGGGCGAAGAUGGAUAGACGUGCACGUCGGUCAAGAGCUGCUUCACGAAAAGCCUCCCGCGAGGAGCUUAGGAGCCAUCAUACAUCCAAAACUCCCAGUAUGACACCAUUAGCGACUGCUGUUCCUGUCGAUGGAAAGAAGGAGAAAGAGGCUGCUGCCGCAGUAGAUGAUGAGAAGCAGGCGCUAUCGUUCAUUGAUAUGCUCCAACGUACCAUGGCUCAAUUACCUGGUGCCCCUCAAUUACCCUUGCCUCACUUCCCCCUCCUCCCCGGUGUGCCUGCAAUGCCUUGGGAAGCGCUACACCAGUUGAAUCAGUUCCAAUUCCCGAUGGUGUUCCCUGUAGCUGUGCCUCUCCUACCUGGAUGGUUGAGCGGUGAACAUCGUCAGGAUCAGGAUGCAGCAGACGUAGCGGACGACAAUGCUGGAAAACUCGCAGGACCACUCAAGGCUGCACAGGAAUGGAGAGCGUUGUGGGAGAAGUGGCUGGCUCAUGUUCCAUGGCAAGCUACAGAGAUGCUGCCACCGCCUCAGUACACACCUCGAGCAGCCCCAACAGAAGAAGACUUGACUUCGACUCCCUCACAACUUGUGAGGCGGGCAUCUUCUAGGGCUUCCGAUUCGGAAUCAGUAGCAGCUCCCCGUCCUAUCGCUUCUGGCUCUCGACCAUUGCCGGAUGCACGAAGACGGUACGACUAUAAUGCAGUAUCAGUCACCGACCAGGAGGUCAAGGCUUAUGCAUAUCAACCUAAGCCACAGCAGAAGAAACAUGAUCGAAUGCUUUUACUUUUCUGGUUACCCAUACUGAUGAUCUCUCUACUAUGGGCUUGCCAUACUGGCUUACAGUUCGCCAUUCGUGCAUUCAAAUCGCCGAUGGCUGCUAAGAAAGUUCUUGGUUUCUGAUUCCUAACGUAUCUAUUAGACGAUCUGCAUAUCUCUCUCCUUUCCUUGGGAUUCUUGCCCUUUCUGUUCUAAAUUUUGGAUUAUUGUGAACGUCCUCAGCUUAGCCUUGUAAUUUAUACUGUAGUGCUUCCAUUUUUCUACCAAGUAGUGUGUUGACAAAUCCAUAUAUUGCAAUAUCCCCACAUCCACCGUAGAUGGCGAAGGGGUGUAGGUUGCCGCUAUGAACUGUGAUCCUGUACAGGCUGUAUAGCUUUCAGCAAAUUGGAAGGGAACUAAUCCGGCCCGAGAAGAACGAC